AUGGAAGGCACAGAGUGACCCAAAUUCUACAUCCCCAUGUCCAACGCUACAGGUGUGGUGCGGAGGCCUUAUGAGUACCCUCAGAGUCAUAUACAUCUGGUUGAUCCCUGGGCCUACGCAUGUCUGUCCGCAUACAUGUUCUUCCUCAUCAUCACCUGCUUUCCCAUCAACUUCCUCACACUCUAUGUCACCAUCGAGCACAAGAAGCUGCGGACAGCCCUCAACUACAUCCUCUACUUCCUCUACGGCCUCACCGGCUACAUCAUUGAGGGCUUCUGCGCUACCCACGGCGGCCAGAUCGCCCUCUGGGCCCUGGUGGUGCUGUGUAUCGAAAGGAGGUUGGUCAUCUGCAAGCCUAUUGCAAACUUGCGCUUCAGGGAGAGCCAUGCCAUCAUGGGUGUGGCAUUCACCUAG